AUACACCAGAGGACACACUCAGGGGAGCAGCCCUAUGACUGCAGGGAGUGUGGACGAAGCUUUCGUCAAAAGUCACACCUCACUGUACAUCAGAGGACACACUUAGAUGAGAAGCCCUUUGUCUGCAGGGAGUGUAGGCGAAGCUUUAGUCAGAAGUCAUACCUCAUCAGACACCAGAGGACACACUCAGGGGAGAAGCCCUAUGUCUGCAAGGAGUGUGGGAGAGGAUUUAGCCAGAAGUCAGCCCUCAUCACACACCAGAGAACACACUCAGGGGAGCAGCCCUAUGACUGCAGGGAGUGUGGACGAAGCUUUCGUCAAAAAUCACACCUCACUGUACAUCAGAGGACACACUCAGGGGAGAAGCCCUAUGUCUGCAGGGAGUGUGGACGAGGCUUUACUCAGAAGUCACUCCUUACUAUACAUCAGAGGACACACUCAGGGGAGAAGCCCUAUGUCUGCAGGGAGUGUGGACGAGGCUUUACCCAGAAGUCAGUCCUCAGUAGACACCAGAGGACACACUCAGGGGAGAAGCCCUAUGUCUGCAGGGAGUGUGGACGAGGCUUUAAUCAGAAGUCAGUACUCAGUAGACACCAGAGGACACACUCAGGAGAGAAGCCCUAUGUCUGCAAGGUGUGUGGACGAGGCUUUAUUCAGAAAUCAGUCCUCAUUAUACACCAAAGGACACAUUCAGGGGAGAAGCCCUAUGUCUGCAGGGAGUGCGGAAGAGGAUUUAGCUGGAAGUCAGACCUCAUUAAACACCAGAGGACACACUCAGGGGAGAAGCCCUAUGUCUGCAGGGAGUGUGGAAGAGGAUUUAGCCGGAAAUCAACCCUCAUUAUACAUCAGAGGACACACUCAGGGGAGAAGCCCUAUGUCUGCAGGGAGUGUGGACGAGGCUUUCGUCAGAAAUCAGUCCUCAUUAUACACCUGAGGACACACUCAGGGGAGCAGCCCUAUGUCUGCAGGGAGUGUGGACGAGGCUUUAGUCAGAAAUCAGCCCUAAUUAUACACCAGAGGACACACUCAGGGGAGAAGCCCUAUGUCUGCAGGGAGUGUGGGCGAGGCUUUAGUCAGAAGUCACUCCUCACUAUACACCAGAGGACACACUCAGGGGAGAAGCCCUAUGUCUGCAGGGAGUGUGGACGAGGCUUUAGUCAGAAAUCAGCCCUGAUUAUACACCAGAGGACACACUCAGGGGAGAAACCCUAUGUCUGCAGGGAGUGUGGGCGAGGCUUUCAUCGGAAGUCACACCUCAUUCAACACCAGAGGACACACUCAGGGGAGAAGCCCUAUGUCUGCAGGGAGUGUGGGAGACAAUUUAGUCAUAAGUCUCACCUCAUUAGACACCAGAGGACACACUCAGGGGAGAAGUCCUAUAUCUGCAGGGAGUCUGGGCAAGACUUUGGUGAUAAGCCACACCUCAUUGGACACAGGAGAAGAAAAUACUGCCAACACACACCUCCAGCUCCCCAGCUUUGA